GGGAAGAUAAAGGAGGAGCCCAAAGCCGCAGUAGGUGAGAUGAGUGUGCGCCGCUUGGUGAAGAGGACGCUGCUGUGUGGAGCGAUAGCGACGCGCGGCCUGACCACGACGAUGUGCGCUCAGCAACUUGACUGGCACUCGGCCAGGUCCAUCUACGAGUUCCACGCCACCGACAUCGAGGGCAAUGACGUCUCGCUGGAGAAAUACAGGGGCCACGUCUGCAUCAUCACCAACGUCGCGUCGAAAUGAGGCAAGACUGGCGUAAACUACACUCAGUUUGUCGACCUCUACGGCCGAUACGCUGAGAAAGGUUUGCGCAUCCUCGCUUUCCCCUGCAACCAGUUCGGCAAGCAGGAGCCCGGCACGAAUGAGGAGAUCAAAGCGUUUGCUGCCGGUUACGGUGUGAAGUUCGACAUGUUCGCCAAAAUCGACGUCAACGGCGACGGCGCCCACCCUCUCUGGAAGUGGAUGAAGAGCCAGCCCAAGGGCAAGGGGACGAUGGGAAAUGCAAUAAAGUGGAACUUUAGCAAGUUCCUCAUCAACAAAGAAGGCCAAGUGGUCAAGAGGUACAGUCCCAUGGAUGACCCAUUUGUCAUCGAGAAGGACCUGCCCCCUUACCUGUAGGCCUGGCUCACCUUGACACCGGACCCGCCCUUCGCCCAGCUGCUGCUCCCCCCCUUCCCUGCGCGUCUUGCCCUGAUGACGGCUGCCCUCCAAGCCAAGCCCGUUUGGUGAGGGCGGCCCGAAAAAUUUCAGCACGACUCCGCAGGGACGGGCAGGUGGCGCCGCUUGGACCGAAGCACCUGCCGGCUUUGUAGCAAUAAAUUACGUUUUUCUCCUCGAAA